AAGGUGUUGGGCCGGGGAAACCGACAGGUUCCCCGCUCCCGGCUCAAACGCGGGUGCUGUGCCAUCAGCGGGUGCCGUGCCACGCCAUGCUGGUCCAGCUGCUCCUCCUGUUGCUGCUGCGGGCUUUGCGGACCCGGGGCCAGUGCACAUCGUUGCUCCAAACCAGCAAGCUCCACUUGACGUCAAUCCCGUGCUCCAUUCAUCAGACGGGCUUGACCAAUGACUCGGAGGCCAAGUGGGUAGAGACCUGGAUUCAGAAGAACCCCCAGUGCCAGCAUAAGCUUUGGAAGGACGAGGAAGUUGAGAAGUUUGUCCAGCAGAAUUCGGACCAGUUGCUGUGGCCUAUUUGGCCUGGGCUUACCCACGUUGAGCGGGCAGAUGUUUUCCGGUAUUUGGUCCUGUGGAAGGAAGGCGGCUACUAUGCAGAUGCCAACGUGGAAUGCAUGAAGCCCAUCGACGAGUGGGGCAUCCCGAAUGAAGCGACGAUGAUCGCGGGCUACGAGUUCGGACAUCGCCUUCCGGAGGAGGAUCGGAAGCUCUUCCAGUUCGCCCGCACCGAGCAGUUCGAGCAAUGGUUUUUGGCCUCAGCUCCUGGGAAUCCAGUCCUGCUGCGAUGUAUGGAGCUGGUGCGGCAACGCUACAGCUGGAAACUCCAAGACACCUUGCAGCUCAGUGGUGCGGGGGUUUGGAGCGACGCUGUACACGAGUUCCUGGCGCGAACGGUGCCAGAGGUUCUGGAGAAGGAGGUCGCCUUCCGGUCCAAUAAGAGUGAGCUCUUGCGGAAGGAUACCCGUGGAGUUCCCAGCGAACGGCUCUAUGGUCCUGACGCCUCUGGCGGUUUCAUGUGGGUCGCCGCGGCCGGGCGCGUGAAUCCUGAAGCGCACGUGGAGCAGUGGGACCCCACGGAAGGCAAGGAAGCCUUGGUGUACCGUCACACCAAGUGAGCGGCGGCCCGCGGCGAUCGCAGGAGCGGAUGAGCUCCGCGGUCUAGGAGACGCCUCUGCAAAAGUCAGAGCUGGAAAAGUCGAGAUCCAAGAGCAACUGCUAG